AUGUUGACCCAGGCUCUGCUACCGCACGUGUGGCGAGACUCGGCUGCGCUCAAGGGAAGCAUCAUGGCCAGUGGAUCAAAUUUCCUUCGCAUUGUCAAAAAAGUCGUCGAUGUGCUUCGGCACGAAAGGAGAGUUGUCGAGCGCAGACGACGAAACACGCGAGGCCAAAUAUCCCUUCCAACUGCCCCGACCUUACUGAAUCGACAAUCGUCGGCUAGCAUAACGUCAUAUGAUUCAUUUCCUGAACAGAACGCAGGUGCUGGCCCUGUAGCGACCUCCAGCACGUCUCGAAACGUGAUCACCAAAUCUUCUUCCCGUCCUUUAGCAUUAGAGGUUCCAAAACACGCAAGACGAAGGAGAGAUAGUACGAAACCGCCAGAUGAAUCCAAAUCCGAAAAAAGAAAGAAAAUCAUAGCGGAGUUCUAUGAUACAGAGCGUGCAUAUGUAGAAGGCUUGGAACUGAUUUACUCUCACUUUCUGACGCCGUUGAUCGAGAGCCUUGAAACACCUUCACCACUGCUUGACCGAGAAGACCUUAUUACAGUAUUCUCAAAUUUCAUCGACAUUUGGAAUUUGCACAGAUCCUUUCUUACAUCUCUCACCGAGCUUCUGUCUCCUUCGCUUUCUCGGCCGAGAACUUUGCCCCCUCCAUUAUCAUCUGUGCUCGUGUCUCAUUUUCCAUACCUGUCUCUUUACACUCCAUUCGUCUCCAGCUUUCCAGAAGUUAUGACAAGGCUGUCUGAUCUGCAGUCAUCAAACCAUGCCUUUGAUUCAUACAUCAAGGACCGCGAGGCAGACGAACGAUGUGGAAAGCUCAAGUUGCGGGAUUGGCUUCUUACGAUUGUUCAGCGAUGCCCUCGUUACCUUUUGCUCCUCAAGGAUCUUAUAUCGUGCACAGACCCUGGGGAUCCAGAGCGUGCAAAUUUAAUAUCUGCACAUUCACUGCUUGAGAAAGUUACAACGUCUCUUGACAUAUCGCUUCACACGCACGCUCAGACCCUUACCCUUCUGGCACUCCAGCGAGCUACGUUUAAUUUGCCUUUCCAGCUCGUCAGUCCAGGUAGAACACUUCUCAAGCGCGGGACCCUCAUGCAACUAGACAACUCUUCCAUUCUCAAGGAGCGGGAGUUGUUACUAUUUUCCGACUGUCUUCUCUGGCUUGCAAAUGAUAGGAUGAUAGAAGCCGAAUGGACGCGACGAGGUAAUGACUCGACCAGUGGUGGCGCCGGCUUUGCUCGCAGUGGAUCACCAGGGAAACGACCCGAAUUCAAGCGAAGCAGAAGCAAGAGUGAAAACGAGCUGCCAGCUAUAACGAAAUCCCACAAGAGCCAAGUACCUGUUAGCCCAAAAAAGCCGAAUAAGGUGCAGCAGUCUGUCCCUGAAGAGAGGUGGUGGUUCAAGGGUAAAGCAGAAUUAGUCGACAUCGAGGUAGUAUUUAGUUCAAUGAGAGAACCAGGCGACGAGAGACGUUUGGACAUCCUACAUCCAGAGAUGUCAUUUGCGCUUUACGCAGAUAACGAACAAAGUCGUGACGACUGGGUAUCCGCUAUCCGAGGAGCGAAGGCAUCACUUUUAGUUUCGUUACACGUUAUGCACCCAAACUCCACUCUCGCUUCUUCCUCUUCCACAAAUCACAUCCGCCGGUCUUUGCAGGCCUUGCCUUAUCUUCCUGAAGAGGACGAAACCCAGGCACUCCCAAAGAGGGGAAAGGUCGAUCAUUUUGUCCCAGCGAUCUGGGUUCCAGAUGGCAAGACUGGGUCGUGCAUGAGGUGCGCAAGGAGUUUCGGAUGGAGGAGACGAAGGCAUCACUGCAGGCUAUGCGGACGUGUCGUCUGUGCUAAUUGUUCUGAGAAGACAUUCUUUAUCGCUGACGCCUCGUUGAACGAUUCGAGCAAGUCAGCGCGUGCAUGCAACGCCUGUUACGACACAGUUUUCCCUGUCAUCGAAACGUCUGCGUCUGAGAAUACGAUUUCGGCAGCCCAGUCCGGCUCGACGCUAUCUAGUUUCCCAUCUUGGAAGACGCAGAAACCUACAGCACAAAGUUUUUCAAAACCCUCGGAACUCAUGUCACUGGACGUUCCCAUGUCUUCGUCCGGCUCCCCCUCGAGGAACGUGGAUGUUAUACGUAGACCUAAGGCUAGACCUCUCAGCCAUCCUGUGAUCCCGCAAGUAUUUGCGGAGUCUUUUGAAGGCUCGUAUCUUUCAAAGAGAAGUGAGGAAGGGGAAGACCUGAAGGAAAUUGAUGAGUCUAAUGCAGAGACUGAUCGAGUCCUCGAAGACAUCUCAGCUGCAUCUCUAAAUUCACCGUCGUUGCUUUCAGCGCCGAUUGAUUCCAUUGAAUCUUUCGCUUCCGAAGAAGUUUCUCCUCGGGCUAGGAAACGGUUCUCGAUGCCCGCAAUUGCCUUGCAGACGACACCGGUAACGACUCGACCAAAAGUCAGUGGUGAGGGCCGUUUGAAACGUUUCUCGCUUGUAAUAGGCGGAAAGCAGAAACCAGUCGCCCAAGCACAAGCCACGGGGCUUUCCGGAAGAAAUGAUCCUGCUGCGGAAACCGACUUGAAAUACGGCAUUGCAGCGGCGAGGCUGCAAGAACUACUUGAAAGGACCAGUUCAGCUCGCGAUUAG